AUGACAACAAGUGGUGUAGCAGCAACUCUUUUAUUAGGAAGCCGUAUGGCUCAUUCUAGAUUUGAGAUACCACUUCAGACAACUGAUGCAAUUGUCACACGUAUGUCAAAGCAAAGCGGUAGAGCUAAAUUAAUUCAAAAAGCCAAGCUAAUUAUUUGGGACAAAGCACCUAUGGCUAGCCGUCGGACAAUUAAAACAGUUGAUAGGAGCUUCAGAGAUAUACUGGACAUUAAUGAACCGUUUGGUGUAAAAAUAAUGGUUUUCGGAGGUGAUUUCCGGCAAGUACUACCAGUAAUUCCAAAAUCUACAAGAGCUGAAAUAGGUGAAAGCAGAACGUUUCUGAGUUUUGACUCUACAGAAGAUGAUACUAACAAUUAUUAUCAGGAAGACUACUUAAAUACUCUCACACCAAACGGUCUGCCUCCACACAGGUUCAGGAGAUACACAAUUACAUUAGAUUGA